AUGCUUACCCUUAUGACCUUUUUUUUUGUAUUAUAUCUGCUACUAUUUUCAGUUUUGCAGUACAGUCAAGAAAAGCAUGAAUUGAAGAAAACUCUAAAUAAUCAAGAGUAUAUCACCAUGCAAAAUGAUAGCUACUUAAGGAAAGAAAUGUUGAGAAAUAAGCCUACAAAACAUCUGGACUCCCUCAACAGAAAACAGAAGAGAUGCUGUAGGAAAAUUGAAGUUGUUUUAGAUUGCUAUCAGCACACAGGCAAGCAUGUUGACAUGUUUUGCCGUGGCAUAAAAUGUUAUUAUUUCAGCAUGAACAAAAAAUGCUGGAAUGGAUGCAAACAGACAUGUCAGGAUUGCAGCUUAUCACUUUUGAAGAUAGACGACAAUGAUGAACUGAAGUUCCUUCAAAACCAAACUAAUCCAGAAAAUUACUGGAUUGGAUUGUCAUAUGAUACAAGGAACACAUGGCAAUGGAUUGGUACUGGCAGUUUCCUGAGCCCUCACUCUCUAACACUGGUGCAGGAGUUGGGAGGAUGGUGUGCAAAGACUUUUCUCUCAUUUCACAUGGCUUUCCUCAUUUUCUAUGGAGCUCACAGUGACUUGAGCGUAACGAAAUUCAAUCAUAGCACUAGAAGAUGUGCAUUUUUAUCUAGAACAAGACUAGAUGAUGAUGGAUGUGAUCGACACUAUCACUGUAUCUGUGAGAAGAGAUUGCACAUUCUCUAA